AUGCAGUCCUCUUCGUUGGGGAGUGCUGAUGAUCCUCGCUUCCGACAGACACAUUUAUUCCAAAUGUUGGUGAAGGUGAUAAAUACGUCGGCUGAGAAUGCGACAAAGACAGCUCUUCUUGCCACGUCAUCCACAUCCACGCCAUCAUUCGUCGACACCUACUCGGCGACGUCGUUGCUCGGCGAAGAAGGACGAAUGAUUCUGAUAGUCGUCGUCGGUGCCAUUUUCGCAUUUCUGACGUCGGUUGGAAAUUUGAUGGUGAUGGUGAGCUUCAAAAUCGACAAACAACUGCAGACUAUUAGCAACUAUUUUUUAUUCAGUUUAGCUGUCGCUGAUAUCGCUAUCGGCUUCAUUUCAAUACCAAUGUUCACUUAUUACACUGCUGUUCAAAGUUGGGAUCUCGGCUACACAAUGUGCCAAUUCUGGUUGUGUAUCGAUUAUCUCAUGUGCAACGCAUCCGUUAUGAAUCUUCUUCUCAUUUCUUUCGAUCGAUAUUUUUCUGUAACUCGACCGUUGUCCUAUCGACCCAGAAGAACGACUAAGAAGGCGUUGACGAUGAUUGCUUGCACUUAUAUCAUUUCACUGAUUCUAUGGCCACCGUGGAUUGUUUCAUGGCCUUAUAUCGAGGGAAAAUUCACUGCAGAACCCGGCACCUGUGUAGUACAAUUCCUUCAAACAAAUCCAUAUGUAACAGUGGGAACUGCAGUUGCUGCAUUCUACCUUCCAGUUACAAUCAUGUGUAUACUGUAUACACGAGUAUACUGGGAGACACAGAAGAGGCAGAAAGAGUUCGGAAAACUUCAAGCCACUCAGACUUGGGCAAGUGAUGUGGUUGAUCGACCAUCGACAUCGUUGAGAAACUCUAAAAUAUGGAAGAAAGUGAAAAAGUUCUCGCGCCGAUCUAUGAAACGAGAUGUAUCCUCUACUUCCAUAGUGAAAUCCAGUGGAUCAGUUAGAAAAAAGCAUCACGAAGGAUAUAUCGAUGAGAGUAUGACACCUUGCACGUCAUCGAGAAAUUCAAAAAGGAAGUCUUGGUUGCGAAAUUGUACGGGGAAGUCCAAUUCAUCAUCGGAGGAUAGUUCAGAAGCUGUUGCAAUGAAUUUGGAUGACACUUCGUUGAGUUCAAGUCAUUUUGCAUUGAGUGGCAGUCGGAGAAGGAAUGUUUCACCACCUUGUACACCAAUGCCUACAAAUUUUGAAGACGAAGAGCAAACAGAUGCAGGACAAUCGAUGCGAAAUGGAUCAGCUAGAUUCAGAAGUCGUCCUUCGGAUUCGAAGAACAACAACUCAGACACCUACACAGUUUUGAUAGAGUUGAACGAUGAAGGAAGUCGUCCAAGUGUUAGAUUAAGUAGCUGUGAGCCAUAUUUAGAUGACACAAUAUCCACUCGUAAUCGAUCAAAAAGCGACUGCAACAGUGAAAUGGAUGAGAGACGACAGAGUCUUUUGAACAAGCAAUCGCCAUUCAAAAAUGGUCGAAUCCUCAAGAACUUUAGCUCUCAAGAGCGGAAAAGUGAGAAAGAGCAGAGGAAAAAUGAAAGGAAACAAGAGAGCAAGGCAGCAAAGACACUUUCGGCCAUCUUGUGUGCUUUCAUUGCCACAUGGACGCCGUAUAAUUUGAUCGUUUGUUGGGAAGCAUUCUUCCCAAAUACCGUACCAAACGUUUUAUGGACUUUUAGCUAUUCACUUUGUUAUAUUAACUCUACAAUCAAUCCACUUUGUUAUGCUCUUUGUAAUGCAAGAUUCCGUCACACGUACAUGCGAAUCCUCCGUUGUAAAUUCAAAGCUGAACGACCCACAAUCAAUCAAGGAUACGUUCGACGAAAUUGA